UUGGGGGGCAGGCAGGGAGCUGUGGUACAGGCAGGGCUCGGGGCAGCCCCUGUCCCCACGUGACGGCCGCGCCGCGCGGGGGCGGCUCCGGUUCAUUCAUAAAUCCCGGGGCCGCUCCGCUGCACCGAGCGCGGCGGCGGCGGCGAUGGAGCCCCGGUCCCGGUGGUAGCUCCGCACCGCGGUGCCGGGCAGGGCCCGGGGCCGGGUAGGACCCGCCGCCGCCGCCCCCGGCCCGGCCCCUCCCGCCGUCUCCCCCCACCCCAGGACACGUUCGGGCCGGGACGGACCAUGAGCGAUGACCCGACACCCUGGGACAACGCGACGGAGAGCAGCACGGCGGUGCCCGGUGAGGUGGCCCCCCAGGAUGGCUACGUGCUGCUCCUCGCCCUGCUCUCCAUCUUCAUCGGCGGCACCCUGGUCCUGCUCUCCGGCAUCCUGAUCGUCUGCCGCCGGUGCUGCGAGGCCGACCGCCGGCACUCCAGAGCCAGCGAUGACCCGGAGAAAACCAACACCACCUACCUGGACGACUCGCAGCCAGCCCAGGAUAUCACCAUCAAAGUGGAGGACCCCGACUGCCUGUCGUCCUCCAGCUACCGGGAUGUGGAGGGUGAGCGGUUCCUCUCCUCCAGCUCCUCCACCGCCCGCCGCGUCUCCUUCAACGAGGCCGCGCUCUUCGACCAGGGCAAGAAGACCCAGGAGAAGGGGAGGAGGUACACGCUGACAGAGGGGGACUUCCACCACCUGAAGAACGCCCGCCUGACCCACCUGCACCUCCCGCCGCCCGCCCUCAAGAUUGUCACCAUCCACGAGUGCGAGUCCAGCGAGAACAGCCUGGCCAUGACCCCCCGCCUGCCCCCCCCCAAGCCCGGCCUCGCCAUCUUCCAGCCCCCCGGGGGGGCCCUGCCCCAGCCGGCGCUCCCCAGCCAUGCCGUGUGCCCCAGCUCUGCCCUGCCCGGGGACACCUACAACUCCACCGUGGACACCAGCUUCACCGAGGCCAGUCCCUCCGCCUCCUCCGACUCUGGGGAGGGCCCCUCGUUUGCAGCAGCACCCAGGAGCGGGAAGGCAGCCGGGAUGGGCAGUGCUGGUCCCGGGGAGCCCCCCCCGGCCCCCGCCCAGGGCACUGUCCUGCAGUUCUUCACCCGCCUGCGCCGCCACGCCAGCCUGGACGGGGCCAGCCCCUAUUUCAAGAUCAAGAAGUGGAAGCUGGAGAGCACCCAGCGGGCAUCCAGCCUGGACACGAGAGGGUCCCCCAAACGGCGGCAGUUCCAGCGUCAGCGGGCGGCCAGCGAGAGCAUGGACCAGGAGGAUCGGGACCCUCACCAGACCGACAUCAUCCAGUACAUCGCCCGCACGGACGACGUGGCCUUCCACCCCGCGGGCGGCCCCUUCCUGCCCUCCCCCGCCAGCCCCCCACCCUCUCUCGGCAGGCUAGAGCUGGGCGAGGGGGGCAGCCCCGGCGAGGCCGGCGUCCCCGAGCAGCCCAGCACCUACCACGACAUCUGGAGCUUGCGCGCCUCGCUGGAGCUGUACGCCUCCUCCGAGCGGAGCAACGACCAGGACUCGGUGCGCAGCGACGGCGGGGACAGCGUCUCCUCGGCCGGCGGCAUGCCCCCCUGCCCCUCCUCCUCCCUCGAUGAGGCCGAAGGCCCCGAGGAGAAGCUCUGGGGUCGGCCCAAGCCGGAGGAGUCGGAGCCCGGCACCCGCAAGCUGCUGCAGAUGGACAGCGGCUACGCCUCCAUCGAGGCGCCCAGCCGGGGGGGCGAGGAGGGGCCCCCCAAGGACCAGACGGCCUCCGAGAAGCGCAUUUGCUUCACCAGCGCGGGGCGGAAAGGCACCAUCUUUGAGAGCUUUGAGGGCCGGGAGCCAGAGGAGGAGGAGGAGGAGGAGGAGGAAGAAGAGGAGGAGGAGGAGGAGGGGAGCACAGCCCGGGGCGCAGCUGGGGGGGGACCCCCCCAUCCCCACAGCCCCCUGGCCUGGUCCCCGUACGGGCAGAUGUUCCCGGGGCGGGAUGCGCUGCCCCGGCGGGACUACAGCAUCGACGAGAAGACGGACGCCCUGUUCAACGCCUUCGUGCGCCACGACCCCCAGUUCGACGAGUCGCCGCUGCGGGGGGGGAAGCACCGCUCCCGCACCCACCUCCGCAAGCAGUGGCAGCACACCAAGCAGUACAGCGACCCCGGCGUGCGCUACCCAGCCCUGGAGCGGCACCGCACGCCCCUGCGCCGGGGGGACAGUGCCAACUACCCCCUGGACGCCCGCUUCCACAGCCCCCUGCCCCGCAUCGUCAGCGCCGGCGACGAGGAGGCGGCGGAAGCGGCUGAGGGGGUCCCCCCCGCCCCGGCGCUGCCCGACCCUGAGAUCCAGGUGAUCGUGGAGGAGCCCGGAGAGGUGGCCCCUGAACCCAAAGUGGGGUCCGAGCCCCCCGGGGACGACGACUGCCCCGGCCCCGGGAGGUGCCUGGGGCUGGGCUCCGGCUCGGAGCUGAUGGACAAGAUCGCCGGCGGCCUCGAGGAGCGGCUCUACGGGCACUUGAGGAAAACGGGAGCGAGGGCCGAGCCCGCGGUGGCCGUGGCGGCCAGCGAUGCCCCCCCCGACCACAGCCCUGUCUAGGUGCAGCGUGACGGGGAGAGACCCCGGUGGAGGGGGGCUCGGCCCCCACUAGCCUUCGGGGCCCCAUCCCCUCCUGCUGCCGGCGUGGGGAGCAGCCCGGGGUGCCGCAGGAAGGGUGGCCCCAGCGUGAGAUGGCCAGGAGGGCACGUGGGGUCCCCUGACCGAACCCCCCAUCCCCCCCCCCCGGUGCAGUGGGGGGCCGGUAGCGUGGGGUGGUCGAGCCCCCUCGCUCCUGCGAGCGAGGUGCCAGGCAGCGGCGGAGGGGCCCGGGCUGGGGGUGCCCGGAGGUGAAGCAGAGCGUUGGCCAGGGAGGGGAGGGGGGGGGGUCAACGACCAGGGACGUGGCUAAUAAACCCCCAAACCCAGCCGAGGCCCAAUCCUGACCUCACGGCAGAGCGCUGUAGCAGAUACGCUCCCCCCUCUCGCUCCUGUUUUUUUUUCCAAGCAAUAAUGCCUCCCGGCCAGCCAAGGACCAUCCUGGUGAGGAAGGGGCCGGAGCUGGGUUUGUCCCCCCACUCCGAUGGCUGGGGGAUGCCGUGGUGCCACCCUGCCGGGGGGGGUGGGGGUUGGAGUCACCCCCUCAUGCCCAUGAACCCCCAACCCCCCCCCCCAGUGCUGCAGGGAGCCUGGGAUCCAAACUGGAACUGGGGGCCCUGGGGCUGCUGGGCAGGAGGACGCUGGAGGGGCUUGUGCAUCUCCCCCCCCCCCCGCCCCUUCUCCCAGGGCAGGGGCCAGCCGUGGGCCCCCCCCCCGGCAGCAUCCCGAGGGUGGGGGGAGGCAGGACCAGCCCUGCACCCCCAUAAGUACACCCAGAGGGGUGGAGGCUGCUGGGGGCACCCAGGGUGAGAGCAGGGUGUGGGGGGGUGUCAGGCCAGCAUGUGCCCUGGGUGCCCCCCCCGGGGGCUGGGCGCCGGGCUCGGGGCAUGCAGAGGAUAUUUAUUGAUUUUUACAGAGGUGGAUGCUGCUGCUCUGGGGGAGGGGUGAGCUUUUUACUGGGGUUUUAUUUGUGAUUCAAAGGAUGGGUGAAGGAAAAAAAAAAAAAAAAAAGCCCAAGCUGGGGUAGCUGGGAGACUUGGCGGGGGGGGGGGGGAGGGGGGGGGGCAGAGGGGCUCAGCCACGGGCCCCCCCCAGUGCCCCUCCAUUGCAUGCGAGUAGAGGCCAGGUCGCUCCUUCCCUCUGCAAAGUCUCCUUCCAAAGCACUAACUACAACUCAGCAUUUUUAAGUCUAUAAACAAAGGAGAAAAAAAAAACCUGUGACUUUUCUGAGCUUGUUUCCUACCUUCCACCCACCCGGGGGGCUGCUGGAGGGGGGCAGGGGCCCGAUCCUGACCCAGCAUUGCCCCUGCGCUCGCUCCCAGAAGAGCAGGGUGGCCCGGGGGGGGGGCCCCGCACCCCAAAAGGAGCACAGCCCCCAGGAAGAAGGGCUGGCUGAGCCCCAGCCCACACCCCUCACCCCGCCUGCUGCAGGAGGAAGGACAUGAAACCCACCUCGCUGUUUUCACUUUAUUUUUUUUUCUUUAAAAAAAAAAAAAAAAGAAAAAAAAAGAAAAAAAGACAACGAAUGCACCCAUUCCCUUUUCCGAGCCCUUUUACAGCAUGCAGGUUUAAUAGAGUUUUGCUUUGUCUUAAUACCUGUUUUUUUUCCUCAUCUGGUUUAUUUUAAACACAUCACGAUGUGUAGGAAUCUCUAAAUAUACUGCAAAUAUAAACAAAACCAAAAAAAAAGAGGAAAA